UCGAUCAAUAUUCCUAUCUAUACGGAGAUUGAUAUCUCCGGUAUUAAUUUUGAAUUAAUACCAAAAUGAGGUGCAGAUCGACACACAGACACACUCAAACGCGGAUCAAUAAUCAUUAAUCGUGGUCGCGCGCGAUUCCAAUCAUAAAAAACGUGAAAAUUAUCAAUUCUCCGAUAUCCAAUUUCAAAUCUCGUAUGAAUUCGAAGAUCAGACACGGGCAUCGUCGAGAAACAAAUCCGCGCGGAAGGAAGGCAAAGCACGAUCUCCAAUCCACCCAUCCGCUUCUCCAAUUCCCGCCAUCUGCAAACAAAGCUGCAAACCCGGCGCUGCAAUUCAAUAUCCCAUUCCGUCUAUCCCUUUAUCCAUACACCCUUUAUCCAUCCCUGAUUAUCGAUCAUUCUGUGUCAUGCACAAUUCCAAUAAUCCCCCUUUUCGCACGCAACGUUGCUGCGUGGCCCGAUCUCGAGAGCGGCGACAACAAAACGAUUCGCGUCGAGGCGGCGUGCGAAACACAAGCCAGCAGCGACGUCUCUAUAUCGGAGCGUCGCGACGCCUGCGCGGGUUCCGCAACGAUCAGCUGGCUGGAGGCGCCUCGACGAGGGGCAAAGGAGAGACGGAGCGCGAGAGAAGGCGAUAGAACGCGGUGGAGGGAGCGAGAGAGGGUGGCGGAGAGGCGGUGGAGGGAGCGAGAGGGGCGAUGCCGAGGCGACGAGAGUUAGAGAAGGAAGGGCUGCGCACACGUCCAUCGGGUAUCAGUAGCGACGUCGAGGGUGGCCUCGUCGCCAGCUACACGCACGUUUUUGGCAACGUUCGUGGCUGCCCUUAGCCGCUGGUGUCCCACUCGUCGCAAUGGUGUUGAUCGUGUGCACGACGUGGACGUGAGCUCUCUCGAGAGCCGGCGCGCGGCCCCACGAUCACUCCUCGCGCAGUGCUGCCGUGACGGUCGAUCGAAGCGCACCGCUGAAACCUGGGAACGAGGAAACCUUCCAUUUUAACCACACCACGAUGUAUCUGGCCGGCCGCCUCUGCGUCGUAUUCGCCCUGUAUCCACCAGCGUCCUCGCCCAACGAUCUUCAAGAGGACAGGAGAAUGGUGUAUCGUCGGGUGCCAGCGUGAACAAGGUUCCUGGAGAAGGUGACGGUCUGGACCAGUGAUUGACCCGCUGCCUCCCUUCCUCAUCCGUGUACGGUACACGUUCGUGUAGUUCCAUGUCUUUUUUCGGAGAUUGUUUUCGACUGGGCUGUGACAGAUCUCUGGACGGAUGUUGUGGUUGAACAAGGGUGUAUAUAAAAAUCCGUUGAGGGAGUGUUAAAGAGUUGGGUCGAAUCUGGGCGUUGAUCGAUCGUAAUCGCGAGGCCAUCCAGAGGAACAUAAAACGCGAUGGUUGAGUUAUAACGUAGGAUAAGAGUUGUACGAAAGGCUGAUCCCUCUGGUUCUGUGUUGCAGCUGCGUACCGACGACGAGGAGACUAUCUGUCGUCGAUAACCGGCCAAUAAACGGCGCGUAGAGAGCACGCUCGCGAGAGUGAAGCAGCGUCGAACGUGGGUCACCUCCCACUCUCUCUCUCUCUUGCUCCCCCCCCAAGCGUAUCGAAGGGUUCGUUGACAUCACGACUGGAAAAUUGGCUAGAGAACUCGUGGCCGUCGAAAAAGGUCAGCGAGGAUACAAAUAUAGAAGCACUCGGGCCGCAACAAUCGAGAGAAGGAUGGAAACUUACUAGCUGUUUCUCGCCACCAGGAUCCCAGCUGCGUCUCGUGGAAUCGAUAUAUAUAUAUAUAUAUACGCGAAAUAUUCCGGGCUGCUAUUAACAAAUCCAAAUCCAACUGGAUCUCAGAAGAGGAAGAAUCUCGAGAGUAUCGAGUGUAUAUAUACUGUUCGAACAAAAACUCGUAGUUCCUAUCGAAUCGCGUGUGCAUUUUCUCCGUCUCCACUCUCGUUAUGAUUAAACCAGUGACAGAAAACAGACCGGCUGAUCCAUCAGUCGUAAAAUACCUGCCGUACAAGCAAUAAACAUUGGCUCGUCUUAACUUCUCUGAACUUCGUUGAAUAAAAAAGUGCACGAACAAAUCGUACUGUCGUAUUUAAUGAAACGAUCGUCUUCCACGUGUGAUACAAUACGAACUCAACUUCUUAAACGAUCAAUAUUAGUCAAAUUAAUAAUAACAAUAAUAAUUUUCAACGUUGAAUAACUCGUAGAAGCUUUGGGAACAGCCGUGUCGCGACUCAAGUGCGUUGAAGGGUGGGCUCGAGAGUUACAGGAGGGUUGUGACUCUCUGAACAGCAGGAGCCUUUCAAGGUGUAGGUUCCUCGUGGUUGGAGGUCUCUUCUGAUGGUACUGAGGGUGACUCAGCACCGGUGGACGAGCGCGAACGAGCAGCGCGGUCCCCGCGAUCAGCACCACAGUCGCCGUGUCACGUCGUCAUGGCUACACGUGCUGUCACCUCGACGAUGAUCGCGUUCGUUCUCAUCCUACUCGUCGCUGGUUGGCCAACAGGCGGACAGACAGGCUUGGUCAAGUUCUACGAGUCUGUGCCCGAUCAUCUGCAGCCGGACAGGCGAAUACCCAUCAACGAUUAUGCGAUGCACGGGCCCAUCGUCGACGACCACGAGUUGCCCAGGGAUCUCAGGGAGCCGUAUCCAGGCAAGAGCUUUGGACCGAUGGGCCCUAUCGAUGGCUCCCUCCCGGACGACGUCUCUUUUCGAAGUCUGUCGUCUGGACAGGAGAAAGGGGCGAACUCCAUCGAACUUCUGUCGUCUCACGCUGUCGAAAAGGUGGAAAAACACAAGCCGGAGUACAAGAUCAUGUCCGUGGAGUUUCAUCGCGUGGAGACACCGUUUGUCAUUGGAAUAUGGAUCUUCUUCGCCAGCAUCGCAAAAAUAGGCUUCCACAUGACGCCGAAGCUCAGCAAGAUCUUUCCGGAAUCCUGUUUGCUGAUCGUUGUCGGCGUGGUGGUUGGUGUCCUACUGUUCCAGGCGAGCAGUGUCCACGUGUCGCCUCUCACCCCCGACACGUUCUUCCUCUACAUGCUGCCUCCUAUUAUCCUGGAUGCUGGAUACUUCAUGCCGAACCGACUGUUCUUCGACCAUCUGGGAACUAUACUUCUGUUCGCCGUUGUUGGGACUAUAUUUAACACUUUGUCGAUAGGUGCUUCGUUGUGGGUAUUGGGUAAGAGUGGUCUUUUCGGAUUCGAAACACCACUUCUGCAAAUGUUCCUGUUCUCCGCGUUGAUCAGCGCAGUUGAUCCUGUCGCCGUGCUAGCUGUCUUCGAAGAGAUCCAUGUGAACGAAAUCUUGUACAUCGUUGUCUUUGGGGAGAGUUUAUUGAACGACGCUGUCACCGUGGUGCUGUACCAUAUGUUCGAGGCUUACAACGAGAUAGGACCGACGGAAAUACUUUACACGGACGUGCUCUCGGGAUUGGCUUCGUUCUUCGUGGUGGCGAUCGGUGGCACGAUAAUAGGGGUGAUAUGGGGCUUCGGUACCGGUUUCGUUACAAGGUUCACCCACCAGGUUCGCGUGAUCGAGCCCAUCUUCAUAUUCGUCAUGGCCUACCUGGCCUACCUGAACGCCGAGAUCUUUCAUAUGUCCAGCAUACUGGCGAUCACCUUCUGCGGCAUCACCAUGAAGAAUUACGUGGAGGCGAAUAUAUCGCACAAGUCGCACACCACGGUCAAAUACACGAUGAAAAUGCUGUCAAGCAGCUCGGAAACCAUCAUAUUUAUGUUCCUCGGGGUGGCGACCGUGAACAACCACCACGAUUGGAACACGUGGUUCGUCGUCAUGACCAUCGUCUUCUGCUCGAUCUAUCGCAUCGUCGGCGUGAUCUUCUUGACAGCGUUGGCUAAUCAAUUCCGACUGCACAAGCUGAACAAGGUGGAGAAAUUCGUGAUGUCUUACGGUGGUUUGCGAGGUGCCGUAGCAUUUGCUCUGGUCUUACUGAUCGAUCCGAAACACGUGUCUUUACAACCGAUGUUCGUCACUACCACGAUCGCAGUCAUUUAUUUCACAGUAUUCAUACAGGGAAUCACGAUCAAGCCCCUCGUAAAGAUCCUGAAUGUGAAACGAGCCGAAAAGAAGAAGCCGACCAUGAACGAGAGGAUCCACGAAAGGAUAAUAGACCACGUGAUGGCUGGGAUCGAGGACAUUUUGGGCAAGCAUGGCAAUUAUCACGUUCGGGAUAAAUUCAAACGGUUCGAUAAUAAAUUUAUUCGGCCGUAUCUGGUGAGGAAUCACUACGGUGCCGAGCCGAAAAUAUUGGAAACGUAUUCGAAACUCGCUAUGAAAGACGCUCUGGAUUACAUCAGAAGGAACGCGUCCACCAUCGGCAAUAUCAGUGGAACUGAAAGCAUGUCCGCUAUAUUCCGCAACUAUAGCAACACGGGACAAUUCAAUGGAAGUCCAAGUUGCAGCCAGCUCGAAGCGGGCUGGAAUAUUGAUCUCCAAGAAUUGGAGUACAACCCUUCCAAGAAGGACUUGACGGACGCCAGGAUCCACCACCUAUUGGCCGAAGAACUUUGCAAGCCGUACAAGAGGCAUCGGCGUUUAAGCUACAGCCGACACGCGGUGAACGAUCGCGACCUGUCAACCCAAGUCAAUUACAAAAUGCACAUGAACAUAAGACGGAUGAUGGGAGAGCACAAGCAUCGUCACAAGCGCAGUAAAAAAUUGCUCAAAGAUGGUAAGCAGAAUCACGUGAGUUUCCCGGAGUUCCAGCAAAACGGAUCAACCAAGUUGUUCACUCAAGAUUACAUCAACGGUGUCCUGUACGAGCUGGAAAACGGAGAUACCUCAAAGCCUUCGAGCAAGGAGGACUGGGACUCUGCGAUUACUUUCACGGCUCGCACUUCCGAUUCGUUGAACGUGAAUACGGAUGGCCACCACGGCGUCACCACCACUACCUCAAUGGACACCAUAAAUACCGACGAUCCGGAUAUGAAAUUAGGACGAGACGAAAGUUACAGGGUAACAACACCAACAGCCACGGAAACUAUGUUGCCAUGGAAAAGGGAAGACGAUUACGAUUCCGGCCACCCGAUCAAACAAAAUGAAUUUCCUGCUUGGUGUUCUAACAAAGAAUAUCUGGCUUAUAGUUCUCCUUCGGCGACAUUUUUAGGUGGAAUCGAGCAGCCAAAGGUCCAGUCAGUAAUUGGUCUAUUCCGUCGCGAGAGCGUGUGCACUCCAGAUGGUAUCGAUUGCCAGGAAACUGUGGAUGAGCGUGACGAAUACACGUUGACGGGGACAGAGCAGACCGAAGAUUCACCUACAAAAACGUUUAGUGAGUACGAGAAAGAUAACAAGAAAGGACCCACAAGACGAGUGUCCAUGAUGGAGCUAGGCUCGAUGGAGAAGUCUCAUUCAGACAAAUGCACGGAUGACGGUUCUCAUUCCCUGCCAGAAUGUUGGAAUGCUCAACGAGUCCGGAUGACCUCGUUCCCAUAUUCAGCCCAAGUUCCAAGCCUCUCGACCGCUCUCAUCACCUCCUCCUCGGAAUCGUCGGAGGAGAUCGACGAGGAGGAAGAGAAAGCUUGACCUUUGGGGAUCGUCGAGGGGCAGGCGUCAUCCUACGCGGACGAGGAACGUCGUUUGCGUCGACCAUGGCGACGGCCACCCCGACGUUCAUUGCUUUCGUCGCUUCUGCGACGUCCCAGCGCUCCAGUUUGAACGAAGGCGAGUGUCUCGUAUCUUCCCCUCCCUCAAGAGGAAAGAAUGAGCAACAUUUCAAGGAUUAAUCCCUUCCCCCUGGACGAUUGUCGAUCUCGCUCCCCUCAAGACGAACAUUUUUAGAAAAAAAACAAUUCAAGAGGAA